AAAAUCAGCAGCCAAUCUAUCGUGAGGGCUAAACUAACUAUCCCGAUUAGUCCAGUGUGCUCUCCGACACGUCAUACGCACAUAUUUUCAUGCCCUGCACAGCACUGAUCUCUGGCGCUCUGUGGUUAGAAGGUUGCUUUCUUCUACUCGACGGUGAACUCGCUACAGGCACCUACUUGCCGGUGAAUGCCCUAUUACGAAACAAUCAUGGCAGGAUCUUGGAGAUACGGGACGAGUUCGUCAUCGAGCUCGUCGUCGGAUUCUAGCGACAGCGAUUCUGAUGAAGAGUCAUCCCGUGUGACCAGACGUCGCCUCUCCGAAGCCGUAUCGCGUCUGCUUGCAUCCCGUAGAGGCCCCGAAGUUUCGCCUCCGUCGGCAUUGGAAGCACGAUUGCCGGGACACAGGCUCGGCAAUACUUGCUGGUGCACGUGUGGCCACUGCGCUCGCAUGUCAGUGAUUAGUGAAUCUGUAUGCUGCAAAGAAGUACGAGACAUCGUGCGCAAGAAAACCGACGAAUAUCCCUGCAUUACACUGCAUCCCGGGUUUGAACCGGUCUGUCUGAACAUUCACAGCAUCGAGGUUUCCUAUUACUGGUACAUGGAAAAGAUGCCCGUUUAUCUCGAUAAACUGGCCAUACACGAGCAGUAUCGUCGCAUCGCCUACGGACGCUUUGCUCGCUGGAUUUGGCACAGCAUGGGGCAAUCAAUGCAUAAGGUUGUGCCAAGCUGUGUCACCACUCUGAUUCGCACGUCCAUGCCUAACGAGACAGUAGCUAACUUCACGUACCCCAGAUAUUGAAACCUAGUACUUCUGAGUUACCAAAGCUGGUGUACUUCUCCAUAUACCUGCACAGGUGACAUUCAAUGUUGUGCGCCGACGUACCUCCAGAAGUAUGAUUCGCAAAACGUUUUCGUUGGAUGAAUGACGAUGUGUAAUUAGUAACUGCAAUGGCACGUUUUACAGUUUUUAUCAGAAUUUCACAUUUUACUUUUCAUAUUAGAGGACAAAACUUCUAUUUUAACUGACCGCGAAACGUUUGCGUUGAGCGUCGUCCUGCCCUUAAAAACAAUGACGUAUGAAUUCGACGAGUCUUUAAAAUGUUGAGUUACUGAUGGAGCGCAAAUGUUGUUUUAGAAUGAUCGCUUCAACGACCCGUGUUGAUUCCUCAUUAUUUGCAGGGAGUCUCGCUCUAUCGAGUCAUAACCUAUAUCGUGUAUUUGUACUUCUGAGAGUGCCAUAUAAUUUGUAGUAAUAUAUGCAUUUGCGACGACAACGUUUCACAUUUUCGUGUAAGCAUAUUAUUGUUUCGUAGUAUAAUAGAUGUCGUUCUAAGUGGUCCAUCGGCUAAGCGGUAGUCGGAUAUCUAUGUUACUCCCUGACUUGUGAUAGAUCUGAAAUAAAGUACAUUGAUAAUUUAUACCUCC